ACAUUCUAAGACAACUCAACAGAAGCACAACAUGGCCUACAAGUUCACCUGCUCUCUGCUCCUGAUCGCAGCCAUUGCUGCCGUUUCCCUGGCGGAACCGGCUAGGUUGCAAAGCCGAUCCUCUCGGUUCCAAUUUGCCCGUCAGGAGCAGGCUCCAGAGCAGCAGGCAGCUCCGGCAGAUCCCUCCGCAGACAUUGCGCCCACUCCGGCCUCAGCUCCUUAUCCGCCAGCAGGUGUUACUCCCGAGGUGCCCUUCGACCUGCCCACGGAGACGGAAGCUCAGCCCGAUCUGACCUACGGACCGCCAGCUGAGCCGGACAACACCUACGGACCUCCGGAUAACACCUACGGACCUCCUGCCGAGCCCGACAACACCUAUGGACCGCCGGCAGAGGGCCCAGUUGACCAGGCUCCUGUGGAUGCUGCGGAGCCCGUUCCCGCUAGUCUUAUCCAGCCCCGCAAUGGACGCCUCCGCAGCCGUCGUCCCGUCCCGGAAAAACUCCGGAACGCCCAAAUCAUUCGUUCCAGACCAGUGUUGGUAUACUCCAUCUAAAAUGGCUCUACCCGAAUUUGUUAGUAUACAAAUGGAAUCGAACUAUACGGAUACACAUAAUUACUUCUGUUGCUAAAUAAAUAAUCGAAUUGUUGUUCAAUAAA